AUGCGCGACCCGUGCCGCGUGCAGGAGCGUGACCGCCUGGUGGAGGAGGCCUACCAGCGCAAGAUGGGCACCGCGGCGCAGCUGGCCCGCACGGACGCCUACAUGCGGCGCCACACCCUCAGCCACCAGGCCCUGGUUGACCCCACAAGCAGGUGCCCCCAGUACCCGAGCCAGGUGGUGAGGGUGGUGCCCAACAGCUUCGGCCUGGGGGGAGCAGAUCCGGCCGUCAUCAGCAUGGUGGCCGAUCGUCUGGGCAGUGCGGGCGCCGUGGACCUGUCAUCCACGCCGCUGCUGCCCUCCAGGCACCGCGCCGCCGCCACGGGCGCCCAGUCAGCGGCCCAAGCUGAGGCGGCCAGGGCUUCAGCGCGCGCGGCGGCCGGCAGCGGCAGCGACGGCGACGCGUCGCCCCGGGGCGACGACGGGGGUCCCGCCGGGAUCGGGGAGGGGUCGCCAGCCAGUGGGGACGACGCGGGCGAUGGCGACGGCGACGGCAGCCGUGGGCGCGGCUCUUGGAAGGCGUUGAGCAUGCGCAAGCCCAGCAGGUUUGAGGAGGAGCGUCUGGCGGCGUCGAAAGCGCGGCACACGGAGCGCGUCAAGCGGGAUCGGCCGCAACAGCCGGCGGCAGGGGCGGGGCCCGGAUCCGCCUCGGCGGCCGCGCCACACAGCGGUGCGUCGCCGUCGCCUGCGCCUGUGCCUGGCGGGGUGUCUUUCGUGGCGUCGCCCCCCGAGGUUGUGUUUGAGGACGCAGUGGCGGGCAGGACGCGGCGCGCUGAGGUGGCGCUGGUCAAUGCGGGGCCGGUCAAGGGCGCCAUCCGGCUGCUGGACGUGCCAGGGGAGGUGGCUGACACCCUGGAGGCCACCCUGCCACCCCCGGGCGCCCUGGCCCCAGGGUCAGGCUGCACCCUGACCCUAGAAAUAACGCCAAAGGUGGAGGCUGACGUCACCGCCACCCUGCAGCUGCUGACCCCCACCGGCCGCCUGCUGCUGCCUGUUCGCCUCCUCGCGCGCCGCGCGCUGCCGACGCUCAGCCCUGAUGGCGUGGUGGAGGUUGGUGUGCGGGGCGGCGGCGUGAUGGUGGCGGCGCGGGCGGAGCGGACCAUCACCAUCAGUAAUGCGGGCGCCUUGGACGUGACCUACGACAUAAAGGUGGACGGGCCCCUUGGGGAGGCCGGGGUGGUGUCUGAGGGCAGUGACGACAAGGCCACAGGCGCACGAACAGGCACCACGUCCGCAGGCGGUCAGGCGGGCAGCGACACCGCGGCGUUGGCGCGCGCGCCGCCCAGUGUCAGCGUGGCGGGCUUCACGCUGCGGGGCACGCGGGGCGUGGUGCCGGGCUAUGGGCAGGUGGCGUUCCAGGUGCAGUUCGCGCCGCGAGUGCCAGGCCCCGUGGAGGUGCCGCUGUCGGUGCGCUUCGCCGCGCCCGCAAACCGCGCUCUCGCGGUCCCCGCGGCGCGGCUGGUGCUGGCGGGUGUGGGGCGGGAGCUGCCGGUGUCUACGGAGCAUGACGUCAUUGACUUCAAGUGA